UCGAGGAACUCCGCAAAAGGAUGGCUGUAACAGGGGCGACCCCGAAGCUGAGUAAGGUUACGCAGGAGGCGAACCUGAAAGCAGCUGUCGAGAAGUCCGCAGCCCCGAAGCCAGAGAAAAGGAAGAAGGUCGAGCAGAAGGAUGGCCAUCCCAAGCCGGUGAACCCAGUGCCUCCACCAUCGAGGACCACUGAAGCUCGCCGGGAGGAAGAUCUACCGUGGAGGGAGAUCUACCGUGGAGGGAGGUCGUGAAUGCCAAGAAGGCGAGAAGGCAACGGCAGCAGGCGGCAGAGAAAGCGGCAGGCGGAGCGAUACGCGCCACUGUUAAGAAGGGUAGAGCCCAGAAGGAGACGGGUGCGCCUUCCAAUGUCAGUGGUAAGCGUAAAGACAGAGGCGAGGCGAUUAUCGUCAGUACUGACGACAAGAGCUACGCCGAAGUCUUGAAGGCCAUGAGAGUUAAUGACAAACUCGCUGGCCUAGGAGAGGAUGUCAACUGCAUCCGAAGGACGCGGAGAGGCGAGAUGAUUCUCGUCUUGAAGCGGGAUGCUGCUCAGAAGAGUACUGAGUACAAAAAGUUGACGGAGGAGGUCCUGGGCGAUGGGGUUCAAGUAAGAGCCCUAUGUCCAGUUUCGAACAUCCAGUGCAAGGGCCUGGAUGAAGUAAGCGAGGCUAGAGACCUGGUCGACGCACUGAGAGAUCAGUGCAAUGUCGAGAUCCAGGAAUCUACGGUUCGGUUACGCAAAAGCUUCGCGGGAAUGCAGGUUGCCUCAUUCCAAGUACCUCAGGCUGAGGCCAAAAAGGUAAUGGAUAAGGCUAAACUGAAAGUGGGUUGGUCGGUAUGUCCGCUAAGUAUAAGCCAACCGCUUCAGACCUGUUUCAGGUGUCUUGGCAACGGUCAUAAGUCUUAUGACUGUAAAGGACCUGAUCGCAGUAAGCUAUGCCGUAGGUGUGGAGCUGAAGGCCACCAAGCUCGCACCUGUCAGGCUGCACCAAGGUGUCUGAUCUGUCCCCCGGGUACAGACAACAGACACCUCACCGGUGUCCAGGCUUGUCCGGCCUCUAGAAGGAUCCAGACACGCAGGUAACACAGCUGAAUCUGAACCACUGCAAGGCGGCUCAA